GUGGGCGGGGCUUGUUGGAAUACGGGCGGGAAAAAAAUCCGAGGAGGAGCUGAGAGGGAAAAAAACAAAAACAAUCCGUGCCGAACGCCAUCUUGAUUCCAGUGUAGUUUUCCCCUGAAUGAGGACGGGGAGCCAGCGCUCUGGGUUCGAGGAGGAGGCGGGCGGAAAGUCUCUCGACAUUUAUUAUUCGCAGCAGGUUGGCAGUCGAAAGUGUCAGAUAGUCUUCGAGGACAGUCGACCGACACGACUCGUACUUACCGGAGCCGUUUCUACGAGCGGGCUUGGAGCGCGGUAGGAAGGAGCCCGGGACGAGCCAGGUCGGUCGGACUGGCUCCGACUGAUAACGCACUUUUACUCGGCUCGGCUGUGAGCUGCGCUGCGCUAGCCCGCUGACUACAGGCGCUCUGGAAACCAACGCGCACGGUUAACGUUAUAACGUCCGUUUCGAGCAACACGUCCGCGCCUUUAGCAUUUCGGCGAAGACUUGGCCACUUUUGCGGUGACGUUCUCGCCUGACAGUUAAUUCCUUCCUUUGCUGGCUAGAUUUGGGACAAUAUAACGCUGGGUUAUUUCUUGGAUGUUGUCGUUGCUUCUGUCUUUCUAACACCAGGAGGACGGUAUGGAUUUACCCGUGUGGUCACCACCACCAUCAUCAUUAUUGCCUUCCUCGAGUUGGAGGAAUUAAGGAAAUCUGUCGAUCGAGAUUAAAAGCCGACUGAGUUACUUAACCUACAGCCCUCCGCGUAUUGAGGCGCUGACACAAAGACUUUAUCACUGAGGAACCUACAGUACCGUGUCAGCCCGAGCAGCGGUAGCGUUUUCGCCAGAAACGUGAUGUUCGUGAUUUCGCUGGAAAAAACAUUUAGGACAUUAAUGAAGUUGUAAGUUGAGAACCGACAGGAGCAGGUAUCGUUGACGUUAGCCUGCCCGCUAACUCUGUGUUCUUCACGCCGAUAUCAACUUGUCACGCGUUUCUGAGGUGAAGCGCGAGGCGUUGUUUUUAUUUGAGUCGUGUUAAAAUGAACGGUCAGAAAACGUUCCACACCGCCGAGCUAGAGGACACAGACGAGCUUGUUGCUGUGGCGGUUUGACGGACAGACGAACUUUUUUAACAUUAUUUUUAUCCUCGUUCGCGUCUUCACCCAAACAAGCCGCGAAGCCCUGAACUGAGCAUGUUUUCUCUCGGCGGUCCGGAGAGCCUCCAAAGCCGGAGAGGAGCCGGUCUGCUGGGGAGGAAGCUCCCAGCCUCCUGCUGAACGACCCUCUGCUGCUGUGUUUGUGUUCAUUCAUCGACGCUCGGGCAGCUUUUGCACGGACAUAAAGCACCGAGUCGUGCUCUUUUUAGGAUUUAUUCCAGUGCAGGAAUCCGCCUGGGGGAGGGCGACUGAGCAUGGGGUCUGCAACCAAACUCGCCUUCGCCGUGUUCCUCAUCUCCUGCUCCUCAGGAGCCAUCCUGGGCCGCUCAGAAACCCAGGAGUGUGUGUUCUACAACGCGAGCUGGGAAAAAGACCGGACAAAUCGCAGCGGAAUCGAGCCAUGUUCUGGAGAAAAAGAUAAACGGCGACAUUGUUUCUCCACCUGGAAGAACAACUCAGGAACCAUUGAAAUCGUCAAACAGGGUUGUUGGCUUGAUGAUGUCAACUGCUACGACAGCACUGAGUGUGUGGAGAGGAAGGAUAGCCCUGAUGUGUUUUUCUGCUGUUGUGAGGGGAACAUGUGCAACGAGAAGAUUUACUACAGCCCGGAUACACAAGCUGUUCAGACCACGUCGAACUCCUUCACGCCGAAGCCGGAGCUUUGCAACACGCUGCUGUACUCCCUGGUGCCCAUCAUGGGCAUCGCCGCAAUCCUGCUCUUUUCCUUCUGGAUGUACCGCCACCAUAAGCUGGCCUACCCGCCCGUACUCGUGCCCACACAGCACGCCUUUCAUAUAAUGAUAGAGGACCCUGGGCCAACUCCCCCCUCUCCGUUCCUGGGUCAGAAGCCACUGCAGUUGCUCGAGGUCAAAGCCAGGGGGCGCUUCAGCUGCGUGUGGAAGGCACAGCUACUUAGUGAACACGUGGCUGUAAAAAUCUUCCCCAUACAGAAUAAGCUGUCUUGGCAGAAUGAGUAUGAUAUUCACAGUAUUAGUGGGAUGAAACAUGAGAACAUUCUCAGCUUCAUCGGAGCUGAGAAGAGAGGAAACGGCAUGGACAUCGAGCUGUGGCUCAUUACAGCUUACCACGAGAAGGGUUCAUUGACCGAUUACCUGAAGGCUAAUGUGGUGUCCUGGAAUGAGCUGUGUCACAUAGCGCAGACUUUUGCUCGAGGUUUGGCAUAUCUGCACGAGGACAUCCCUGGACUGAAGGAUGGUCAUAAGCCUGCUGUUGCACACAGGGAUAUUAAGAGUAAGAAUAUACUGCUGAAGACUAAUUUGAGUGCCUGCAUUGCUGAUUUUGGCCUUGCUCUCAAAUUUGAAGCGGGAAAGUCUGCAGGUGACACGCACGGACAGGUGGGCACUCGACGCUACAUGGCUCCGGAGGUGUUGGAAGGAGCUAUAAAUUUCCAGCGGGAUGCCUUCCUGAGGAUUGACAUGUACGCUGUGGGACUCGUGCUGUGGGAACUGGCAUCCCGCUGCACUGCCGCUGACGGUCCGGUGGAUGAAUACGCAUUGCCGUUUGAAGAGGAGGUGGGGCAGCACCCGUCAUUAGAGGACAUGCAGGAAGUCGUCGUACACAAGAAGCUCAGACCAACUUUGAGAGAGUACUGGCAGAAGCAUACGGGCCUGGCCAUGCUGUCUGAGACUAUAGAGGAGUGUUGGGAUCACGAGGCGGAGGCGCGACUCUCUGCCGGCUGUGUGGAGGAACGCAUCAUCACUAUGCAGCGACAGACCAACCUCAUUGCCCCUGACGACAUCCUCACCGUCGUCACCAUGGUGACCAACCUGGACUACCCGCCCAAAGAGUCCAGCCUAUGAUGCAGCUCAUCAUCAGGCAAUCGGACUGCAGCAACAGGACGACAACGUUGUGUAAGGUGUGAACUGACGUAUAUCAGGAGCACCUUCAGCACCAGGUGUGAGAUGCUUUACUCAUUGUAGACUCCCGUGUGCUUCUGGAGAGAAAAAGAAAACACUUGAAAACUGAUCAAAAAACUCACACACACAAAGGACCUUCACAAUGGAGGCUCACGGAAGUCGCCGUUUGCACCACAACUGUUUUUUUUUUUUUUCUACAAUCGGAAGACUCCCUGAAGUUCUUGGUUUCUUUUUCUUUUUAAAGAGUGAAAACUUUUAUCACAAGCAAGAUAAAAAAAAACUUGAUUUUAGUAUAAAAAGGGCAUCACUCUUUAAACUAUAUUUGCUUUUUUUUUCUUGGCGUGUUUCUAUGAAUGAUUAUUGUAAUGCCAAUAAGAAACCGCUUCUGAAUGUCCAGUGUACUACUGCUCAACACACACAUACAGACACACACAGUAGUCAAAUCUACUGAGGAAUCAUUUCACAGCACUGCAUCAGAUCAAGCAUAGACCUCCCUGAACCAGGUAUACCUCAGUCUGCCAUAUGCUCCUUUUCAACUCUGUAUCACAGAGCAGAGAGUCGGUCUCGCUGAGAGGCAGCCGGCCCAGCUCAAGCUGAGCAGGAUCCAGCCAAAUAUACACAGCCAUACUCACCAGCCUCGGGGAACUUCUGAGUGUUGGAGUUUAUAAAAUGCAUCAGUUUGAACUGUUUGAGUCAAACAAGAGGCAGGAAACAUCAUUUGAAGAGAGAUGAAAUUGAACUGAAAUUCAUGAAAUUCUUUUCAGUCUUUUCAAUGAGGAGUUCCUGAACUGGUAGUAUAUCGUUGCUGUCAUUUAAAAAAAAAAAAAAACUUUUUCCAUUUUAACUUUCGUUUUUUAUGUGCUUUUAUUGAUCCAACAAGAAAGAUGUCACUUUGAUGCCAACCAUGUCCAGUCUGGGGGCAGCACAGCAUCAACAGCAGUGCGGUGGGGAAUCAAAUGUCUUCUCAAAGGCCACAAACAGAUAUAUCUAAUUCUGGGAUUUGAACCUGCAAACUUUUGGUUGCUGGCUCUCCUUUCCCAUCACUAGGCUACUAAUAGAAAUGGUCCACAAGGUGAUGCCAUUUAAAAUGGACAUUUGUGAGUGUGAAGAAUGAAAAGAAAACUUUUAAAGUAGUUCUUUUACAGCAUUGUGCAGCAUUGGCCCCUUUUGCCACCUUUAAAAAUGUCCUUGGAAUAAAAUCUUGUUCCUGCCACGCAGAUUAAAGUUAAGAACAUUUUUUCUUUCUCCUGUAAAGUUAAAUGGAUAUAAAGAAAUAUGGGGCCGGUUUUGUUGCCAUGGAUUAAGCCAAGUCUUGGGCUAAAUUAUAAUGCCAGUGGUGUUCCACCAUUAAAAUUCCAAUUUCAUCUAGGCUUAGGCUUAAUCUGGCUUUGGGAAACUGGCCCAUGAGUCCUUACAAGAAAGUCUGUUCACUUAGUGGCUGUUUUGGCCAUGUUUCUGGGCAGUUAUUUCCACUUAUACAAGUCCAGGCUCCUGUCUCUAUGUUUGUAGAGAGAUCUAUAAACCCCAGACUGAAUGUUUCAAAAACUUAUUUGAAAUCACUGAUGAAAUCUGAUAAAAAUAGCAUAAAUAGUUUGUAGUUUUGGCUCAAGUAAUGCACAAGAAUGUGAUUUUUCAGGUUGUUCUGGCUACUGCGCAUGCACAUCCCCUUAACAAGGCUGGGCUUUUCACACUUAUCACCUUUAAAGCGAUUGGCUGUUUGCUGGCCCUUUAGAAACUAGCUGUAAUAAUGCCAUGUGAAAUGUUACACGCUAACCCAUUCAUUUCUCAACCAGUAAACUGUUUCUUCUAUAA